AGCAAAAUUUUUUUUAAUUCCUUCUAAAUCAUUAAUAGCUCAUUACGCAUGAAUUAUGAUGAAAUAAAAUGCAGAAAUAGCCUCUCAUAUAAUUCCAUUUGUGUCUCAAGAUACGCAAUAAAAGUUUCAUGGAUUGGUAUUCGCGUUCGUGAAGCGCUUGCUGUAUCUAUGACUCAUCGUAAAAUUCCUCGGCGGCAAAGCAGCAGCAGGAGAGUUGGGGGACUGUUUCGAGUCGGGAAAGGCUACUCCCCGUACGUGCCGUCGCUGUUCGUGUUCUGCAUCUUCAGUGCCCUCGCGGCUGUGGACAGCCGGCCAACACACAUGUCAGAGGCUAGAUGGAUCAAUCCUUGUGAUUUACCGGGACACUUGUUCGACCCGAUGGCGGACAUGGUCGGUGCUCCUUUCGUCGACUCAUUCGAAAUCGCCAAGGGGCUGGCCACGAGGUCGAGGAUGGCCCGCGACCAAGCACAGAAGCUCUUCAACACCUUCAAAUUAGCCAUGGGCGUAGAAUAUGAAGAUUUGCUGAAGGUAGCUGAAACAUUUAAAGAUGCCUCUUUCAUUGAAGGGAUAGCUAGUCAUCGCCUUAAUUGGCUGCCAAAGAUUAAUCGGGCAGAACUGAAAAACAUGGAAUUGGAGGAUGCUUGCCGCUACUUCUUCAGAGUCAUGCAGUACUACGGUGUCGCCUUGGAGCAAGUGAUAACAGAUGAAGUCCUGUAUGGUGGUGACUUCCUAGCUUUGUGUAGGGAGGCUGAGAACCACCUUACUCAAGUUCUGUGCCAGCUCCAGAUGAGCACCUACCUCCUGCGGGUCCGACUCGACCCCGACGUACUGCGUGACGUCAUGAAUCAAAGGUACAGGACGGGUACUGCUUCUCAACGCGCGCUACGCAACUAUCUCAUAUUUCGGGACUAUGCCGACGCCCUAGGAGCGAUGGUUGAGACAUUUGAGGAUAUCCAGGUGAGGACGGCAUCCAAGUCCUCCGCGACCACGCCGAUCGACGCUUUCUACCAUGAACAGAGUCUACAUUAAUUGAAGGAACUCUCUCUUUCUCUUUUAUGGCUGUGAUGUUUUUAUUUAUUAUUUUAAUUUAUUUUUUUAAUGUUGAUGACUAUUUUGUGUGCUCGAAUUAUAUGGAGAAAGACUCAUUUUUUAUCAUUGUGGAUUUAUCAUUUUGAUCUUGAAGGCAUCGAUACCAGCAUAAGAGAAAUUAAUUUAGAAUCGCUCCCAUUGUUAGAAAGCCUGCCAAUAAUAAUAAUAAUAAUUUUUUUCUUCACUUGCAAAGCACGUGUGCAUUUCGAAUUUCAGUUAUUUAGAAAAUUGUCUGCUUUUAAUGAUUUCAUAGUAGUUGACUGCCUUUAUUUUAUGAUACUAUCUGGUAUGUAUGCAGUGUCCAUCUUCUUCAUUUUCACAAUGUUGGAUGGAAAGAAAGAAUAAAAACACCUGCAUAUAUAUUCUAACCGUGAAAAAGAAAAGUAAUUUACCUAAGAUAAGCUAGUUUUCUUUGCAAAAGAGAAUAAAUAUUUUGAGUGUACGAACUCUUUUUCCGAAAAUAAAAAUGCUUGAGAGUGAACAUGCAAUGCAGUUUAUUUGCUUUAAGCCAGUAUUAUUUCCUUGCUCGAGAUUUUAAAAAAAUAAAAAGGAGAAGCGUGAAGCGAAAAAUUGUACUGGUUUGAAAGCUUCUCUGUAAAGUAUUUGAAUCGAUGCUCCUUCUAAUUUUCCUUCAGUCUCUUUGAUGGAAUUUCUCUCUGAUAUUUGCCAAUAUUUACCUCGCCAUUAUAGAAUAGCCAUUUUAUUUCGUGUAUGUGCCAGUGUAAAGUACCCUGAGUAAUUCCUAUCAUUGACAUUAAUCAUUACAUUUCAUUUAGUCUCGGUACUUUGUCCUGAGCAUUAUCUAAAUCUCAAUUAUUUGAUUCCUAUGGUAUAUUUUGUGAUCGUUUAUACGUUGGUUUCGUGUAUGAUUCAAUUGUGUAUGCGUGUGUAUGUAUGUUUUUAUCAAACUUGAAUUAUUUGAUUGUGUAACAAAUUAAAGAAGAAAAAAAAACCAAAGACUUUUUUUGAACAAGUUUACAGUGAGACCCGUGAGUUGUUUCAUAUAUAUUCGCUGUUAAGUAACUAUGAGAUUUUAAAUUAUUUUCUUUAAAUCGAGGAAAAUAAAUAUAUAUUUUAUAAAGAAUAUUCUUCACUUUCAAAAUCGAAGUAUCGAGAGUAUUUUUGUUGCUAAAUCUUAAUUUUACUUAAUAAUUGUGAAAUGCUUGUACAGCACUUAGUGAUAAUCAUGAAGUCUUUGGCUACGUUCGCGAUGAAAAUUAUGAUGAUGUUCAUCAUUCCAAAAUAUAAAUAGGGGUAAAUACUAAUUUAUGCAUUAAUAAAUUGAAUGUAAAUUGAAUUGAAUUGCAAAAGAGAUUUUUUUGGAUAUGUGCAUUUUUUAAGUCGUAGUGCUUUUUUCAAAAUUACAAAACACAACUGCUUUUGUAUUAAGCAUAUUUUAAUUAUGAGAAAUUUUUUACUUUUUAGUGUAAUUUUAUUGUAUUUUUUAUGAUACAUAAUUUUGUUCAAAAUUUUAAAUGUUCAACUCGAAAUAAGAACAAUAAAUAAAUGAUACAAAAUGAGAAUAUUUAAAAAAAUUUAAUAGUAGUUUUCAUUAAAUGAGUUUAUUUUAUUAUAUUAUUCCUGGUUUUCAACCUCCUUCAG